CCGAGCCGAGCCGAGCCGAGCCGGGCCGAGCCGAGCCGGGCUCUGCCGCCGCCCGGCCGGCUGUUGGUAAGCGGCGGCGGGAGGCAGCGCGCUCGUCCGUCCCCAUGUGGCGGACGCUGGCCCUCGCCUCCGCCUUCUUCCCGGGGCUCUUCAUCCUCUGCAUCCGGUUGCUGCGCUGGGCCGCCCCGGGAUGGAGCCUCAAGGAACGCAUCCUCCUCAGCGGCAGGCUGGUGUCAACAGUCCAAGCCACGAUGGCAACGGUGUCGGGGAUCACGGUUGUGCUCAGCUGCAAGAACGUGGUGCAUGACAGGCACUGGCUGGCUGUGGAGUACAUCUGGGUGCUGGUUCCCUACAUGACCUACGACAUCUAUGUCAUGUACCUCUGCCACUGGCACAAGAGCCAGGAGAAGGGGAUCCUGGAGAAGAAGCACUCGCUGGCCAGCGUGUGGAGCUUCCUCCUGCAGGAGCGGCUGAUGGUGACCCACCACCUCUUCAUUCUCAUCGUGCUCACCCCCAUCACCCAGCACUUCAGGGGAGAGCUGGGGGACUUCUUUGUGGGCUGCAUCUUCAUGGCAGAGCUGAGCACGCCUUUUGUUUCACUGGGCAAAAUCCUCAUGCAGCUCAAAAUGCAGGACACGCUGCUGCACAAGGUGAACGGGAUCGUCAUCCUGGUGACCUUCUUCCUGUGCCGCAUCCUCCUCUUCCCCUUCAUGUACGCGGCCUACGCCCGCCAGGUGGGGAUCCCGCUUUACCUGGUGCCGUUCCGCAUCCCCCUGCACUGCAACAUCGCCAACGCGUCCCUCAUCGCCCCUCAGCUCUACUGGUUCCGCCUCCUCUGCCGCAAGGCCGCCCGGCUCUACGGCGGCUCUGCCGCACACCGGAGCAGAUAACGGAGCUGAUAACGGCCCGGCACGGGGCAGCCCCCGGCCCUUCCCUCGGGGAGCAGCUGGAAGCACGUCCCACCCCGGGAAGGCUUUCCUGGUGUGCUCCUGCUGCUGCUGGGAUCCGGCACGGCUCGGCUCGGCACGGCACGGCCGGAGGUUCGCACACAGCGGUUUGUUCCGCCCCACCGGCGGCUCCCAGCGCUGACACCGGACACCGGGAGGAUGCUGCGGCGGGGUGGGAGCCUGUGCUGGAGCUGCAGCAGAGCCGUGCCUGAGCUUUUCUGACUUCAGCUCUACUUUCACCUCCUGCUGCUGCUGCUGCUGGGCUCAAGCUCCACUCAUCCCGACGGUGCUUUUCACCCCAAGUGGCUGGGGGGACUCCUGUGUUCCAGUUCACAAGUUCAUGCCACCGUGGGAAUGGUUCUGCUGUCACAGCCCUUCCUUGGCAGGGGAUGCAAUUUUCCCUCCCCUAACCACAGCUGCUUUUAUCUGGCCUGCAUCCCCCCAGCAGGUAUUUAAAACCACCUGGCACACCCUGCUCUGCUCUUGCCCUCCAGCUGGUACUGCCACACCCUGGAAACAGCUCUGCAGUCCAUCCCUCCAGCCCCAUCCCACCCUCCUGCACUGAAGGAAUCAGAGCAGGAUGCUGAGCUGCUCCUUGGCUGGUUCAGCCCAUUUUCCACUUCUAGUCACUUUUAGCAAAAUGGGUCCAGGCUCCCCAGCCCGCCCUGCACCACAGGGUGUGUGCAAUCAGACCACAGCUGAGUGCAUCCCCUGCAGCCAGCACCAGCCAGGACAGCCACAUCCUCCUGCAGCCUCCUGUGCCUACUCCAGGCAGGGAACUGCACUGGCACAGCCCCCAUGCCCACAGACCUGUGACAGCUCUGUGCCUUUCCUUCUGUCUGAAACCAGCAGCCAAGCUCUGCGAAAUCUGGAUCUUUUGGGUGUUGGAUCUGGUCCCAACCACUGCUGCUGUUCUGAAUAGAGUGUAAAAAACCAAAAAGGGCCUCUUCCGACCCCUGGUUGUUGUUGCAGAGACUCCACAGUAACCACUGAGACCAGCUGAUGUUACAAACUCCUGCAACUCUUUACAGAUGUUGUAUCUCACUGUUUUCAUUGCAAAUAACGUGCCUUAUGUAAGGACAAAAAAAUCCCCAGCCAAUGAGGCACUCCAGUUUGCACUAACACUGCCCUAUUUACUAUCAGGAGACCAAUAAAGAUUUCCUCUCUGAGUCACACCA